CUUCAGUAAGGAUCUCAGACACGCAGGUUCAAGGCCAGGACAUCUAGGGCACCCGAGAACACUUGCAGCAAUAUCUACCCACAAGCCCUUCAAUACUUCGUACUAGGGAGGAUUAGGAAGUACCGCUAGUGCUGGAAGCAGACUAGUCCGUUUCGAGUCAUCGACCUUAUCGUCUAAUCUCGUCGCCAUGGGCCGUCUAGGCGUCGCGUUCCUCGCUCUCCUCUUCCUCGCGCUGAUCAUCUGCGCAGAGGCCGGUAAGGCGAGCACCCUCAGUGACAAGAAGGGCCACGGGAAAAAGGGCGGCAGCAAGAAGGGCGGAGACAAGAAGGGCGAUCCGAAGGGCAGAAAGUCGGGAGAAUCCGGCAAGUCGAAAUCCGGCGCGGUGGCGGCGUCCGCCAAGGGUGCCAUCGUCACGAGCAGCACGCCGCAGUCGGUCGGCAGCGAGGACGUGGGCGGCGGCGAGGUGAAGAUCAAGGGGCUCGGAUGGGCGGCGAAGAAGUGCCCGACGGAAAUGGCGCUCAAAUACAAGGGCGCGUGCACGGCCAAGAACUGCUCCAAAGCCGGCAUUCCCGCCAAGUGGAAGGCGUCCAUCAUCUCGAAGAAAAAGGCCAAGCACGUUGCGCUCAUCCUGCCCAAUGGCGGCUGGUCCGUCAAGAAGCAGUCACCCGAGGCGUGCUGCAACCAGUGCGCCGCCACCCACGACUGCACGUACUGGCAGUUCACCCCUGCCGCGGGCAAAGAGCCCGGGCAGUGCGAUCUGAUCAAGGAGGAGCAGGAUUUCAUCUGCGGAGAUCUGGCGGCGCAGUACGAGAACAAGGACAAGCCCGUGUACCUACAGGUGCGUGCAGGCGGCGAGUGCAACGACGACCCUGAGAUCCUCGACGACCCGCACUUCGUCGGCGCGCACGGCACGCGCUUCGACUUCAACGGCCGUCCCGACAAGGCGUUCUGCCUGCUGACUGACGACAACGUGCACGUCAACAUGCUGCUGAGGGGUUACUACGACGACCGUAUCGAGGGCGCUGCUCUUGUCGUCGAUGGGAAGGCCGUCCACACCUGGAUCAAGGAGCUCGGUAUCGUGUGGCACGCGAACGACGCGGAUCACAAGCUGCGUCUGGUUGCCCGCGGCGGCAAGCAGCAGGAGCGCGGCACCGGUUACAUGCAGGCCAUUGAGGUUGACGGCACUGAGAUCCAACGGCUGGCGCUCGGCGAGAAGUUCCUCGGCGCCGGUGGCCUCGAGAUCGCCCUCGCAGCGUACGAGAAGCAGGGGCCGUACGACGUGGAUUACUACACCGUUUCGGUGGCCGGGAUACUCUCGUUCGACAUCCGCUUGCGCGUGGCUCACCCGAAGCUGCAGACACCGAACGAUGCCGAGGUGCACAUCAACGUGGGCGUUACAUCUUUCAAGUACACGGACAACGUGCACGGCGUGCUGGGCCAGACGUACAGGGAGGACCACGUGGCCCGUGCGGUCGAUUUCCAGGAGCUCGUCUCGUCGCUCCACCGCCCGGUUUCUGCUGACGGAGAGCUCGGCGCGGGAUUCCUGGAUGGCACUCCUCGAUCGUACGAGGCCAGCUCGGUGCUUGGCGUGGAUUGCGCCAUGACAGCCUACCACCGCGCCAUGCACUUGAGCGCUGCGUACAACUAAGCUUCGCUUUGCCGCUUCUUUUCCGCGGUAUCCGAUUUCUCGUUUGUCUUCAUAUCGCUACCCCCCAUACUCUUUCUGGUCGUGGACACUGAGGGCCGAGGCCCAAUUGUAAUUUUAUUUGGCUGCCAUUGCAUGUCUGUAGGAUAAUUUGGAUAAAGCAUGCCAAUGCUGUAUUGCUCGACUGCCAUUCAAAGUAGUUCAUAUUGCGGAAACAUGGACGAUCCUUGAGGUAGUUUUGAUAUUUUAUCC